AUGGCCGUGGCUAAAGAAUCCACGUGGUCGGAGGUCGAUGAGCACAUAGAAACCUUGUGCGAAAUAGCCUACCGACUAAGCAAGUUGGGCAUUAACCUGCAAAAGAUGGGAAGAGCGAAUUACUCGGUGAGACUCCUUGAGGAAAAGCUCAAAUUUGCAAAAGAACAAUGGAAGGAACUUUGCGAACGGUAUACGGCCGUGCGAAAGCUACUACGACCUGCGCAAAGGCAGGUUUACGAGUUCUUCAAGCAGAACUGUAUAGUAACUGCCGCAAACGAUUUCCACGAAUACGUGGAUCUCGUGAGCACUGAGAUAGACCGACUCACCGCGAAUACAAAACCAGCGGUGUCGGACGCUCAGUGUAGUAUACCGAUCGAGCUCCCCAAGCAACGGAUACCCAAAUUCGGAGGGGAUCCUCGGGAAUGGGAACAUUUCGAGGAUCUCUUUACCUCUGGGGUAAUCAAUAAUGCUGGGCUGGCGGAUGUGCAAAGAUUGCACUAUCUGAACGCCUGCCUUGAGGGACCAGCUGCCGCGAUAAUUUCCACCAUAGAAGUCGUGGGCCGCAACUUCGCUGAAGCUUGGUCGAGGCUGAAGAACGAAUUCGGCCUCCCACGCAUCGUCACGGGAAAACUGCUGGACAAGCUCUUGUAUAUGGAGCCCAUUGACAUGAGUGAUCUGGCCAGCAUGCAACAAGUAACCGUGAAUUGCGCCCAGGCUCUCGCUGCUCUCAAUAAAAAGGGUACCCCUGAACAGCAGCGAGACUGGCUGCUCGCUCAUUGGGUGAAGCAACACUUCACCCCUAAGAUGGAGCUGGAAUGGCAGAGAACGUUAGACCUCUCGCCCGAAUAUCCUACGUUCGAGGACGUAAGGAAAUUCGUUGACAAGCAGUCACGCGCUUUGCUCUCCAUGAGCGAAGAAAGGCGAAAUGCAGCCCUGGGGCUUCCAAUCAAAAGCGCACGUAAUCGUAGCGCCGCUUGGAAAACGAGCUCCGUCUCAAAAAACGUGCGCAGCCAUAACGUCGUCAUGGAAACCAACUCGGCUGUAGAGCCACAAGAGCGGAGUUACAACGACGACAUACAGGCAACCCUCGUUCCGGAGGAAGCGUGCGGAUUCUGCACUGGACCGCACGAGUUAUUGAAAUGCAAUAACUUCUUGAUAUUGUCUGCUAAAAUGCGCAGCAAAUACGUAAGGAACCGCCGGUGGUGCAUACUAUGCUUGGGCAACAACCACACGGUGACGCAGUGUCAAAGCUCCGAGGUCUGUGCAAAGUGCAGUGGGAGGCAUCAUUCCCUGCUGCAUUUCGAGCUACCCCGGGCAGCUCACAAUCAGAAAUCGUUACCGAAUAACGAGUACGACAAUCGUGAAGAGUGGCGUUCGAACGCCUCACGACGUCGGGUUGCAAAGUUCAGGUCAAGGGCCAAAAACUCGACUUCGAGUACUGAUGUGACACACGCCUCGACGUAA